ACAAAGUUUUGAGGCUUCUUGAAUUCUCCUGUAGCUUUUACCUUUUUUUCCACUAAGUAUAAAGGUGGAUUUAGGCACCAACAAAAAAAAGUUUUAGUCUCACGGGGAGGAAAAGAUAGGAAAGUCCAGGUUGUAAUUAUAUAGCUUUCGAGUUAACGGCUAACGUUAGCAACAAAACACAACAACAACAAAAAGUUCAUAACGUGCCGUCAAUCUUCAUUUUAGGGAGCCUAGUUGACAGUUUAAACCUUAAUAACAUUAUUUUUCUAAGAAUGAGAGAGACCGUGAGCCACCGGGAGGCCCGCUUGCUCCUCCAUAACAAGUUCGUUGUGGUGUUGGGAGACUCCAUCCAGCGCUCUGUGUACAAGGACCUAGUCAUGCUGCUACAAAAGGACAGCUGCCUCACCUUAAAACAGCUAAAGAACAAGGGCGAGAUGAGCUUCGAGCUCGACAGCCUGGUGGAAGGAGGCUGUCUGGGUCAAAUGAACAACGGGACCGAGUACAGAGAGGUCCGGCAGUACCAGUCCGACCACCACCUGGUCCGCUUCUACUUCGUGACCCGCAUCUUCUCCAGAUACAUGCAGAGCAUCAUGGAGGACUUCCGCCGCGGCCUGAAGCCGGACGUGCUCAUCGUGAACUCCUGCAUUUGGGAUAUUUCAAGAUACAAUCCCAAUUGGACCGCUGACUACAAGGAGAACCUUAAGAGGUUCUUUGAUGAGCUGAAAAUGGUCCUGCCAGAAGAGUCGCUGGUUAUUUGGAACCUCACCAUGCCCUUAGGCAAGAGGAUCAAAGGUGGCUUUCUGGUGCCUGAGAUCGUGCACAAAGUUCCUCAGCUGCGCUACGAUGUGAUCGAAGCAAACUUCUACGGCUGGACUCUGGCCGACGCCUAUGAGAUGGACGUGUUGGACCUCCACUUCCAGUUCCGCUUCUCCCUGCAGCAUCGGACGACGGACGGCAUCCACUGGAACGCCAUCGCCCACCGCAGGAUCACCGCUCUGCUGUUGCAGCACAUCGCGCAAGCCUGGGGCGUGACGCUGGCCGCUGAGGAUGGGCACCAAACGGCUGCUGCAGACGACGCUUACAGAGAGAUCCUCACCGAUUCUCUGAGCUUUCAAGAAAACCCAGAGCCCCUGGCAGAGAACUUCAGACCUGCCGUCAGGUCACGCUGGCCCCGGCCACAACGCAAACAACGGCAUAACCCUUACGAACAGCCCAGAUACGGUUUUGACUACAUGCGUCCGCCGUACUCUGAGCCCUACGAAGAUCAUCGUCACGAGUUUGUGAUGAGGACCCGCCACGGCAGACCCCACUACGCCCCGUACACCCACCGCAGACCAGCGCACCCUCCCUUUCAUGGAUAUUACUGAACGUGCAGGCGUCCUUACAGGCGUCCCGCACGUUUAAUUCGCACUCCUUCUAUGCAGACGAGGCCUUUUGUUGGCGCAUUCACGUCGGCUUUUUAGUUUAAUGUCUCAUCAAAAAUGUUGCAUUUUUAGUUUUUGAGCUGUUUUUCCAUUGAAUUUAAAUUCCAAGACUGUGCUGCUGGAGUUUUUAAGAAAUAAACGUUUGUCUCAUCA